AUGGCCUCACCAACACCCACCUUCUCGCCAGUGACCCAGGUCCUUGAUGCCUCGGCCGUGACCGCACCUGAGGAACGAGUCUCGGAGGAACAAUUCAACAACCUCCAUGCCUCCUCAGUCACCUACCGCGACCUCUUGAUCUUUGAGGAGAGACUUAAACUCAACAUGUUCCGCCUCAAGAAGCGACAGCAGAAAUAUGAAGCAUUCCUGGGGUCCAUUGUGGUUGCGAUAGCCUACUGUGCCUUUUCCACCUUUUACCAGCCCAGUCAGACGUAUUAUAUUCUCGCGCUGCACAAGUUUGUCCCGCAGUGUAACAGAGUACUCAGGAUCUUCAAUAUGCAUUUCAACCGGGACAGCCGACCCGAAUUGGCAUUUUUUCGGAAAGUACCCAAAAAGUUUCAGGAGGGCUUUUCAGCCUACAAGGCCAGUUAUUUCAGACGCAAGUCUGAAAAGAGGGCUGCAGCAGCUGCCGCAAAGGCCGCAGGUGGUCGUGUCGCAGGAGCGGCGGGAGCUACAGGGAUGACACGAUCGGCCAGUGGACAAAAUCGCCGGUUACAACCUUCGACCCGUGGGAGGAGGGCUGGUGGUGGAGGAGGAGGCGGGUCGGCUUCAGGAUCGGAUUCUGGGAUGCGGCCUACUAUGGGCGGUGGCGGUGGAAGACUCAGUUCUUUGACGAGGACUACUCCUGGAGGAGAAGGGGUUAUUCGACGAACCGGGUUGGCGACGACCAAUCCUUCUAUAUCUUUGACCGAUAGUAGUCGACCGGGAUCUCGGACCACCGUCCCUGCUUCCGCCGGUCUAGGAUAA